GCCGCCAACACAACCGUCUCUUUCCCCGGAAAAACCAAUCCCCUUAUAGCCAUCAUUUCCUCUCUUCUCUUCCAACCUCUCUCUGUCCCCACACCCACAGUCCAGAACAGCAGAAAUCACAGAUUCAGAAUUGGGUUGACACCCCCACCACGUAAUAGUCUCAGAGCCAACCAUGCUCCCAUAGGCAAACCCGCCAACCUCUGCAAAGACUACAAGCUCUCCUGGCUACAAGAGCUCAAACAUGCAUUCCAACCCCAACUAUCCAACCAAAACUUGGACGCAGAUGAUGAAGAAGACAACGAAUUCUUCCAGGAAUUAGUUGACAUGCGAUGCGUGGAUAAUGUUAGGAUGCUGAUCGUGGAUGCAGUGCAAACCGCCAAGUCUGGGCACUCGGGAAUGCCUCUUGGCAUGGCCGAAGUUGGGUAUAUUCUGUACAGGCAUGUGAUGAGGUACAACCCCAGAAAUCCUAAAUGGUUUAACAGGGACAGGUUUGUUUUGAGCACUGGCCAUGGAUGCCUCCUCCAGUAUAUCUGUCUUCAUCUUGCUGGAUUUCAAUCAGUUCAACUGGAAGACCUGCAAAGGCUUUGCAAGCUUGGUAGUAGGACCCCAGGUCACCCUGAGAAUGUGGUUACCGAUGGCAUUGAAGUCACUACAGGCCCCCUUGGGCAAGGUGUAGCUAACGCAGUUGGCCUUGCCCUGGCAGAAGCUCAUUCUGCUGCUAGAUUCAACAAACCCGAUGCUGUCAUUGUUGAUCACAGGACAUUCUGCAUCAUGGGUGAUGGAUGUGUCAUGGAAGGGAUAUCACAUGAAGCUGCAUCUUUGGCUGCACAUUGGAAACUCAACAAGCUUACACUAAUUUAUGAUGAUAACCUUAAUACCAUUGAUGGAGCCACCUCCCUAGCUUUUUCUGAAGAUAUAUCGGCACGAUUUAAGGCUCUUGGGUGGAACACAAUCACAGUGGAUGAUACACACAAUGACAUGGAAGCCAUCAAGAAUGCCCUUCUCUCUGCUUUUAGGGAAACAGAGAAACCAACUUUCAUAAGGGUUUGUAGACUGAUAGGUAAAUUGUCUGAAAAGAAAGGAACUUCCAAAGCUCAUCAUGGUACUUUUGAUGAAAAGGAUGUGAAGAAAAUGAGACGGAAAGUUAACUGGAGUGAUCGAGAACCAUUCCAUGUCAUUCCUAUGAUCUAUAGGGAAAUGCAGAUACAAACAGAGUAUGGGGAAGAAUGGCAUUCAAGGCUAUGUUAUUACCAGACCAAAUAUCCACAAGAGUUUGUAGAAUUCAAGAUUCUCCUUGAUGGUGGUUUGCUUCCUGGCUGGGAAAGCUCAUUACCGAAGUUUCCUACAUCGGAUCCGGUGGAUGCCACUCAAGGGUACUCUGAGAAGUGCUUAAACCAGCUUGCUAAAGUGCUCCCGGGGUUGAUCCGUGGUAGUGCAGACCUUGCAACCUCCAACAAAGCUUACCUCCACGGCCAUGAAGACUUCAGCCAGCCUAACUCCCCAUGGGGCUGCAACAUUCGCUAUGGGGUUAGAGAGCAUGCAAUGGCUGGAAUUUCAUAUGGUAUUGCAUUGCAUGGAAGUGGCUAUCCAUUUGCAGCCACUUUCCUCGUUUUCUCCGACUACCUGAAGAACUCCAUUAGACUUUCUGCUCUAAGCCAUGCUGGGGUCAUCUACAUCAUGACCCAUGAUAUUGGUCUGGGGGAAGAUGGACCAACACACCGACCUGCAGUGGAACAGCUUGCUGGCCUACGGGCAGUGCCACAGCUCCUAGUUUUCCGGCCUGCAGAUGGGAAUGAGACUGCUGGAGCAUACAAAGUGGCUGUUGCCAAUCGCAAUGUACCAAGCCUCAUUGCAUUAUCAAGGCAAAAGGUGGCUGCAAAUUUGGAAGGAACAUCAAGAGCUUCAGUUGAAAGAGGUGGUUACAUUGUGAGUGAUAAUUCUGAAGACAAGUUGCCAGACAUAAUACUGAUUGGCACCGGAUCAGAACUGUGCCUCUGCUAUGAGAGUGCCAAAAUGCUGAGACAAGAAGGGAGGACAGUGAGGUUGGUUUCCCUCGUCUGCUGGCGGCUCUUUGACAUGCAGCCACAACAGUAUAAGGAGUUUGUCUUGCCACCAAGCGUGUCAAAGCGGGUAAGCGUCGAGGCAGCCUCCCCCAUCGGGUGGAGGGAGUAUGUGGGAGAGGAAGGAGUGGUGGUUGGGGUGGAGGAGUUUGGUGCCAGUGGGGCUUAUUUGGAUACUUUCAAGAAGUUUGGUUUCACUGAAGGAAACAUAACAAGGAUUGCAAAGUCAUUGCUAUCUCAAUAAAAGUUAUACAAACAAAUUGUUCCAAUAUUGGCAUUGUAAUCAAUCAUGUUUACUUGGUCAUCUGACGCUUAAUUAUUUCAAAUCCUAACUCAAAGCCUUUAUUUAGAAA